AUAGGAACUCGCGAUAUCAUCAACAGAGAAGAGAAACUGGCGGGGAAUAUGUAUUGCAUUGCUCGUAAUUUCUGCCGUCUUAUCAAUUAUCGUCUUUUCAAUAUUUUUACUGUCACCAGAAAUCGAGGACACAAGAAUUUAUGGAAGGCGUCUUCUCUUAUCAGAUAUUUACAAUGACUCGCUUAAAUGGAAGUCGUUCAAUGGCUCAUGGAUAAAUGGUAAGUAAAUGUCAACCGUUUUGCCUACAAGUUGAUGUCAUCUAGAUUGUGCAGUGUUAAUAUAAACAACCGAAAAAAAUAGAUAGGAACUUGAUGCUAUAAUAAAUUUAUCUAGGCAUAAUAAUGAGCAGCAUUAACAACUAUUUCCUUACAUAGACUUUUCUCAUUUCCCCACUUUCUUUUUGUUUCCUUUCUUUCCCUUUUCAUCUUAUCGUGAUUGCCGUCUUGCUUAUCGUCGUAAUCAUCAUCAACAUGGGCCAUUAUUAUCAUAUUCUCCAUCCUAUCGGAUUAAAAAUCAUCAUCCAUUACGACAGACAAAGAAUUUAUCUUUCGAAAUCUCGAAAAUGGAAUAUCAUUAUUUAAUGCUGAGACAUUAGAGACAAAGUUGUUAAUGGAUAAUUCGUCAUUUAGACGACUUAAUGUAGAUUGCUACAACAUUUCACCAGAUUUAAAUUUUAUACUUUUAUACGAGUGUCAGCAUGAUAGCGACUCGAAUGGCACAAAGUACUUUGUGUAUGAGAUAUUUUCAACAAAUAUCUAUCCACUCACACCAAAUGGCAGCGACGAAGUAGAGCUGCAAAAAAUAUUAUGGUCACCCGGUUCUUAUGAUAGUAGUAAUUUAGCCAUCAACGAUAAUAUUGAUAGCAUAAGCACUAACAACAAUAACAAUAAUAUUCCUAGUAAUACAAAUAAUAGACAGAAAAAAGUUCUUCCAAAUAGUAAAACGAAAGUAAAGUUUGAAAAGAGUAAGCUGUCGCAGGCAAUUGCAUUCAUACAUGAUUAUGAUAUUUAUUAUAAGCCAAAAAUACACAGCGAUCUUGUGAUUCGUGUGACGAUAAAUGGCAAAAAAGAUUUUAUUCUCAAUGGCAUCCAAGACUGGCUUUACGCAAACACUCCGGAACUGAACGGGGACACAAUCGCCUUCUCGACAAAUGGAAGUUAUUUAUCAUUCCUUUCGUUUAAUAUAACAAACGUAGAAAAAUAUGAAUACACAUGGAAUGGAAGGAAUUCGCAAUAUCCCAUGAUCAAAAGCAUUCGUUAUCCACGCUAUAGCACACCGAAUCCAAAUGUUACAUGCUUUGUGGUUAAUCUGAAUGUGCUCAAGUACAUAAACUUAAUUCCAUUGAAUCUACCAGAGCAUUUAGAUGGCGAUUUUUACAUUGGAAAUAUGUUUUGGAUAAGCAACACAGAAUUAACUAUUACAUAUACGUCGAGGGAUCAGACGCUAUCGAGUACAUUGCUCUGUACAGCACCAAACUUUGAAUGUACUGAAAUACAACGAGAAACAAACAAUGAAAUAGGAGUCGACAUAUCUCCAGAGAAACCAAUUUAUCUCGAUGUGAAUGAAUUUGCUCAUGCACUCUUGUCACCAUCAAUAAAUAGUUCUUCACAGCAAUCAUCAAACAACAAUCGUUUUUUGAUUAAAAUCUAUCCGGUAUUGGAUGGAAAGUAUGGAAUGUUUCGUCAAAUUGCAUUAAUUCCAUUUGUAAAUAAGAAGCCAAUUGGAAUAACGAUUGGACGUAAUGAAGUGACAGAGAUCCUUGGAUGGGAUGCAAAAAAUCAAGCCAUUUAUUAUAUGAGUGCGCCUGAGGAUCGUCCUGGUCAAAGACAUUUAUAUAAGAUAGUAUUGGAAUUUCAAGUACUCGAUAGUACAUCGAGUGAUAUUAAUAUUCGACCAAAAACUCCUGUUUGUUUAUCAUGUGAUAAUAGCAUCGAUACUUAUGAUAUGAAUAAUACAUACAAUUUGAAUAGCUUUAUUCGUGAACACAAUCAUAAUGAGAAAGAUAUUUUUGUUCAUGUGAAUCACAUGAUUGGAAAGAAUAAGGAACCGAGUGAGUCAGAGUUAAUACCCAAUAAUUGCCUAUUUAAUCGCGUUCAUAUGAGUACGGAAUUUUCCUUUCAUAUACUCGAAUGCUUAGGUCCCGAUACACCGAGCAUUUAUCUCGUAGAUACCUUCUUAGCUAGGAAAAUAUUCAUCAUUGAUAAUGGUGCGGAAUUAGCACAAAAUGUAUUAGAAUUGGCAUUGCCUCAAGUGAAGACAUUUAGUGUUGAGAUACGUGAUGGUUUUCACGCACAAGUUCGAUUAUUUUUACCGCCAAUGGCGAAAGAAGACGAAGAAGUUUCAUUUCCACUAAUUCUUCACAUUGACUCAACUCCCAGCUCUCAAUUAGUAUCAGAAGAGUUUAAAGUUGAUUGGGAUCAUUAUCUAGCAUCACAGAAAUCCUUUAUCGUUGCUCAAAUUGAUGGCAGAGGAAGUGGUUUCCAAGGUGAAGCUUUUAAAUCACAAAUUAAAGGAAAUGUUAGUGCGGUGGAUGUUGAGGAUCAGCUUACUGUGCUUACAUAUUUGCGAGAUAAUUUCAAAAUUAUUGAUCCAACGAAAAUUUGCGCGUAUGGAUGGGGCUAUGGAGCUUAUCUGACAUCGAUUCUGCUAACGAAGGAUUCGAAAAGAACGUUCUUAUGUUACAUCGCUGUAGCGCCGAUUGUUUCGUUUCAAUAUUAUAGCUCAUUCUUUACGGAGAAAUAUUUCGGGUAUCAGCGAAUGAUAGGUCAUUCUCUACAGGAAGCCGAUUUAUCGCUACAUGCUGCAAACUUCCUAUCGAAAAAUUACCUUCUCAUUCAUGGCACAGCAGACACGUUAGUGCAUCAACAGCACACAAUGCUCCUGACAAAAUCACUCAUACAAAAGGGAGUCAUUUUUAGACAUCAGGUAUAUACUGAUGAAGACCACGAGCUGAAAGGAGUAAUUUAUCACGUUCAUAAGACAAUUGAAUCGUUUAUGGAUGAUAAUUUUGGAAGCUUAGAUGCACGAGAAGUAUGGGAGGAUCCAGUCUUUUACAUAUUCAACAAGGAAUAAUAUUAGGCUUAACAUUUGUGAUGGCAAUUUCUACAUAAUUAUAUCCAUCGCGCUAAUGAUGAUGAUGAGAUGGAAACAAGAUGAACAGCACAUCUGGAACAAAAAUUAUUGUGAAACAUGAAAAACACCAAGUAAUUAAUGGAGUUUAUUCCAAGACAAGAAAACAAAAUUAAGGCACAGAAUAGAGAGAGAGAGAGGAAAUGUCAAGGGGAAUACAACAUGGUGAGAAAAUCUUUCGAAGCGAUUUUUUUCCCAUAUUUUGAUAGGAAAUUCAAUUAUUUUAUUGACUUGUCAAAACUUUUUCCCACUAAGCUGUUUUCCCCUUAAAAAAGUUGAUCUAAACGGGCAAUUUUAAUUCGAGCUUUAAUCUCGGUUCCUUUAAAAAAUAAGAUCUUAAAAUCUUAUUGAAUAUUCAAUUAUUUCCUUUGAAAUAUUUCAAAGAAGUACAUAAUUAAGUAAGUUACAUAAUUUAUGGUACGUUGAUCAGACAAAAUUCCAUUAUUUAUUAAGGAACUCUUCUGAUAUAUAUCUUAAGAAACUUUUUCAAGUAGUAAAAGAGAUUUUUUCCAAAAAUAA